CCUAUACGCUUCCGUAUUUAGACUGAGGGCAGUCACAACUUGUUCCGCUGGCUUAUCUCGACUAUAAAUAAGUAGAUACAAGACGUGCAGGACAAAAGCGUCCUCCAAUUCAAAUGCCGCAGACGCUUUUUAACUGCGCAGUGUUCGAUUCGAGUCCACGCGUACGCAGUAGUGGCUCUCCUGUUGGAUUCGAGCGCGCAUGCGUGGGGUAGCAUUGUCGCCGGCGCAGUUUCCAUCGCGACUCCGCUCUUCCAUCUGUCGGCUGGACACGACGACAAGCCGGCAGCGGUCUGCUCGUAACCGGACACACCAUGGGAAACCUGCCACUCACCACCGGGCUGUUCACCACCGGUGUGCCCCCUCCCCAACCGGACGGUAGGUUCACCAGCCGGCCGAUCGGCAGAGGCAUCACCUACUACCAAGCGCGUCACCCUUCUUCCCCUUCCUCCGCCACCCCUGACCCACUUCCUGCCACUCUCGUCCAAUCACAAGCCUCCUCGCCGCGCCGCCCUCUCCUCCUCUUUUUCUCGUGGCUCGGGGCCCACCCGGGGGCGGCGGUCAAGUACUUUGAGGCCUACUUGACGCGGGGCAUGGACGUGCUGCUGGUGCAGAGCGGCGCCAUGCACUUCCUGUGGCCCCGCUGGGGGUCGGACUACGGCCUGGAGGUGUUGGAGGUCCUGGAGGGGCCCGAGUUCGCCGGGCGGCCCCUGCUGGUGUACGCCUCGUCCAUCGGGGGCUACACCUUCACGCAGGUGCUCGUCCACGUGGCCCACGGGCACGCCAAGCACGCCGCCCUGCCCCACCGGGUCGUGGGGCACAUCUACGACAGCCUGGUGGCCGGCACCCUGGAGCACAUGGCCACAGGUGAGCGAGGGCCCGCCGGAGAUCAGUUCAGGCCUGGCCAGGACGCUGGCGCCACUCCUGGAGCGUGUCAUCAAGAGCACAGCAAUGUUGUACUUCUGGCUCUUCAAGAGCAGCACGGCGGAUGUGUACCAGCAUGCCCUCCGGGUGUUCGCCAGCUGCCCGGUCACGGCACCGGCGCUCUUCUUCUCCAGCGAGGACGACUCCAUGUGUGACGCGGACGUCCUCGACGCCAUCGUGACCGGGUGGCGGCGCAGCGGCGUGGCCGUGCGCAGCAGGAAGUGGGAGGUGUCCAAGCACGCGGCACACAUGCGAUGCCACCCGGAAGAGUACCGAGACACGCUGGAGAGCUUCUUGGA